ACUUCCACAGUGCUGUCGACUGACGCCAACGCUGACUCCGCUGCCGCGGUCUCCAUUCCAAGCCACCUGCUACCUGCUGCCAGAGACAUCAUGGGCUUCUGGAAGCUCUCCCCCUUCUUGGCUCUUGGCUUCUUGCUCAUGUACCAGGUGGGCAUCUUCCAGGCAGCUCCAAUCAGGCCUGCCGAGGAGAACCAUGAAUACCAUAUGUCACUCAGCGAUGAGGAAUCAGACCUCCUGCUGGCUGAGCUGGUUAACAGCUACAUGAAGAGUGUGGCCAUUGAGCAGGAGAAGGGGACUGAGGAUGCUGGCUUCACUGUCCUGAAGAGAGCCUGCAACACUGCCACCUGCUUGACCCAUAAGCUGGCUGGCUUGCUGAGCCAAACUGGAAGUGUGGCAAAUACAAACCUGUUGCCCCCUGAUAUGGUUGCCAAACGCCCUGGCCGGAAAGCCAGGGACCUUGAUGCUUGAGCAGCUAGCUCCAGGAAGAAGAUCACCAUGAAGCUGAACUCCACUCCUUUUCAUUCAUAGUAAAAGCACCUUGUAGGAAAGCAUGGAAGACACACACAUAUGCAUGCUUCUUCAUACUGAAAUCCUUCUUUCAUGUUUAAAAUAAAUUAAAGCUGCAUGAUAAUAAAGCUUUAUUGCAAUGAC